UUCCACCCAGGAACUUAUAAAUGUCAAGGAAUUCCUACUGAAAUCGAGAGGAACCUGCACAAUGGGGAUCUCCACGGUCAUCUUCGAAAUAUGUCUUUUAUGGGGUCAAGUUCUUUCUUCAGCUUCUCAAUCAAGCUAUCCAACACCUGGUUUGCCUCUGAGGCUUGUGAAUGGCAGUGACCGGUGUCAAGGCCGGGUGGAGGUCCUCUACCAAGGCUACUGGGGCACCGUGUGUGACGACAGCUGGGACACCCAGGAUGCAGAUGUCGUCUGUCGGCAGCUCGGCUGUGGCCAUUCAGUAUCAGCACCCGGAGGGGCCCAUUUUGGUCAGGGCUCAGGGAACAUUCUCUUGGGAGCUGUGUACUGCUCAGGACAGGAACCCUACCUGUCCAGCUGUCAGCAUGAUGGCUGGUACAACCAUGACUGUGGCCACAGAGAAGACGCCGGAGUCGUGUGUUCAGAUGUUAUCUAUGAGACUACAAGCGUGUCCACAGAAGGAACAACAGAGUCUGAUUUGGCUGUGAGGCUGGUGAAUGGAGCAGACAGGUGUCAGGGUCGCGUGGAGAUCUUUUACCAGGGUUCCUGGGGCACUGUGUGUGACGACAGCUGGGACACCAAUGAUGCCAAUGUGGUGUGCAGGCAGCUGGGCUGUGGCUGGGCCGUGUCUGCCCCCGGAAAUGCCCGGUUUGGGCAGGGCACAGGGCCCAUUGUCCUGGAUGACGUGGCCUGCACAGGGCAUGAGUACUAUCUGUGGAGCUGCUCCCACCGAGGCUUCCUCUCCCAUAACUGUGGACACCAGGAGGACGCUGGAGUCAUCUGCUCAGCUUCUCAAUCAAGACCAGUGCCUGUGCCAACAGCAUGGAGCAGCUCCCGCUGUGUCAAUGCAGGUUUGCCUCUGAGGCUUGUGAAUUGCGGUGACCGGUGUCAGGGCUGGGUGGAGGUCCUCUACCAAGGCUACUGGGGCACCGUGUGUGACGACAGCUGGGACACCCAGGAUGCAGAUGUCGUCUGUUGGCAGCUCGGCUGUGGCCAUUCAGUAUCAGCACCCGGAGGGGCCCAUUUUGGUCAGGGCUCAGGGAACAUUCUCUUGGGAGCUGUGUACUGCUCAGGACAGGAACCUUACCUGCCAUGAUGGUGGUACAACCAUGACUGUGGCCACAGGGAGGAUGCCAGAGUCCUGUGUUCUGCUUCUGAGAUUCAAUCUUCGAUACUUCCUAGGCUCUAUGAUGCAACUAAUCCCCUUGUCUUUCCAGGAACAGGGCUUGAUUUGGCUGUGAGGCUGGUGAAUGGAGCAGACAGGUGUCAGGGUCGUGUGGAGAUCUUUUACCAGGGUUCCUGGGGCACCGUGUGUGACGACAGCUGGGACACCAAUGAUGCCAAUGUGGUGUGCAGGCAGCUGGGCUGUGGCUGGGCCGUGUCUGCCCCCGGAAAUGCCCGGUUUGGACAGGGCACAGGGCCCAUUGUCCUGGAUGACGUGGCCUGCACAGGGCACGAGUACUAUCUGUGGAGCUGCUCCCACCGAGGCUGGCUCUCCCACAACUGUGGACACCACGAGGAUGCUGGAGUCAUCUGCUCAGCUUCUCAAUCAAGCUAUUCAACACCUGAGCCGACCACUCCAGAGCCUUUCACUACCCCAGAGGUGACCACCACUCCUGAAACAACAGUAGGAACAGGGCUUGAUUUCGCUGUGAGGCUGGUGAAUGGAGCAGACAGGUGUCAGGGUCGUGUGGAGAUCUUUUACCAGGGUUCCUGGGGCACCGUGUGUGACGAUGGCUGGGACAUCAGUGAUGCCAAUGUGGUGUGCAGACAGCUGGGCUGUGGCUGGGCCGUGUCUGCCCCUGGAAAUGCCUGGUUUGGACAGGGCACAGGGCCCAUUGUCCUGGAUGACGUGGCCUGCAGAGGGCACGAGUAUUAUCUGUGGAGCUGCUCCCACCAAGGCUGGCUCUCCCACAACUGUGGACAUUACGAGGAUGCUGGAGUCAUCUGCUCAGCUUCUCAAUCAAGCUAUACAACAACUUAUUAUCCGUACCAAGAUCCAACAGUGAAUGAUGUUAUCUACGAGACUACAAGUAUGUCCACAGAAGAGCCGACCACUACAGAGCCAACUACCACUCCAGAGCCGCCCACCACUCUACCAAUAGGAACAGAAAUUGAUUUUUUUGUGAGGCUGGAGAAUGGAUCAGACAGGUGUCAGGGUCGUGUGGAGAUCUUGUACCAUGGUUCCUGGGGCACCGUGUGUGACGACAGCUGGGACAUCAACGAUGCCAAUGUGGUGUGCAGACAGCUGGGCUGUGGCUUUGCUGUAUCUGCCCCCGGAUAUGCCUGGUUUGGACAGGGCUCUGGGCCCAUUGUCCUGGAUGACGUGGACUGCAGAGGGUAUGAGUACCAUCUGGCGAGCUGCCCCCACAGAGGCUGGCUCUCCCAUAACUGUGGACACCACGAGGAUGCUGGAGUCAUCUGCUCAGCUUCUCAAUCAAGCUAUCCAACACCUGAUUAUCCGUACCAAGAUCCAACAAUUAAUGAUGUUAUCUAUGAGACUACAAGUGUGUCCACAGAAGUGGGGAUCCUCUUGAAGGGGAAUCUGCAAGGGCCUCCAAGGUGUUCUUGUUUCUUAGGGUCUGUUGAUGAUCCUCAGAGCCCUGAGGCACCCAUGUUCCAUACCGUACCUUGUGUCUGGUCUGCUCUGUGUCAUGAACACAGGACCAGGCUAGGCACCUUCUGUUCAGGGCCUCUGACAUGGCUUCUUUUUCUCACAGUUGAGACAUCGCCAUAUCCGACUAUUGCUGAUUGGUUUACUGAAACUCCUCCCAAUGUAAACUAUACCUGCGGAGGUUUCCUGACCCGGCAAUAUGAUACCAUUUUUAGUCCAUUCUAUCCCGGGAAUUAUCCUAAUAACGCCAGAUGUGUGUGGAACAUUUUGGUCCCAAACAACAACUACGUGGCUAUAAACUUCAUGGAUGUGCAGCUGGAAGGAGGCUGCAGCUUUGACUACAUCCUGCUUUUUGAUGGCCCUGAAUACAAUUCUUCUCUCAUUGCUCGCGUUUGUGAUGGGGCCCGUGGAACUUUCACCUCCACACGGAACUUCAUGUCUGUAGUCUUCAUCAGUGAUGUCAGUGUCACCAGGAGAGGGUUCCAGGCUAACUACGUCGCCGUCAAUGUCCCUUCCACCACUUGGUGGACCACAACAACUCCUUACUAUGAUUGGUGGAAUACAACAAGUCCUUCCUACGUAAACGAGUCUUCACUGGUGCUGAGGCUGGUAAACGGAGAAAACCGCUGUCGGGGUCGAGUGGAGAUCCUGUAUGAAGGCUCUUGGGGCACCGUGUGUGAUGAUUUCUGGGACAUCAAUGAUGCCAAUGUGGUAUGCAGACAGCUUGGCUGUGGCCCGGCUCUGUCUGCCACAGGAAACGCUCAGUUUGGUCAGGGCUCAGGGUCCAUACUUCUAGAUGAUGUGUCCUGCUCAGGGUAUGAGUCUCACCUGUGGCACUGCCCUCACUCUGGCUGGCGUGUGCAUAACUGUGGACAUUCUGAAGAUGCAGGAGUCAUCUGCUCAUCCUCUGAGCCAACAACCACUCCCAGUCCAGCUUGGUGGACCACAGCUCCUUACUAUGUCAACUAUACCUGUGGAGGUUUCCUGACCCAACCCUUCGGGAACUUUUCCAGUCCAUUCUACCCCGCCAACUAUCCUAACAAUGCCAGAUGUGUGUGGAACAUUGAGGUCCCGAACAACUACCGUGUGACUCUGGUCUUCAGAGAUGUGCAGCUUGAAGCGGGCUGCGGCUAUGACUAUAUUGAGAUUUUCGACGGCCCCCACCACAGUUCUCCUCUCAUCGCUCGCGUUUGUGAUGGGGCCCUGGGCUCGUUCACGUCCACAUCCAACUUCAUGUCAGUGCGCUUCAUCAGUGACCACAUUAUUACCCGGAGAGGGUUCCAGGCUGAGUACUACUCGGACUCUGCCAAUAACAUUACCAGUCUCCUUUGUUUGUCAAAUCACAUGCGAGCCAGUGUGAGCAGGAGCUACCUUCAGUCCAUGGGCUAUUCUGCCGGAGAGCUUGUCAUUCCUGGUUGGAAUUCAAGUUACCGUUGUCGGUCCCAGAUAACACAGAGGCAGGUCAUAUUCACAAUUCCCUACACGGGCUGUGGCACUACCAAACAGACUGACAACGAGACCAUCAACUACUCCAACUUCCUCAAAGCAGUGGUUUCGAAUGGCAUCAUCAAGAGGAAGAAGGACCUCCACAUCCAUGUGAGCUGCAAGAUGCUUCAGAACACCUGGGUCAACACCGUCUACAUCACCAACAACACCGUCGAGAUCCAAGAAGUCCAGUAUGGCAAUUUCGAUGUGAACAUCUCCUUUUAUACAUCCUCCUCCUUCCUGUAUCCAGUGACCAGCAGCCCAUACUAUGUGGAUCUGGACCAGAACUUAUACCUUCAGGCUGAAAUCCUCCAUUCGGAUGCCUCUUUGGCCUUGUUUGUGGACACCUGUGUGGCUUCACCAUACCCUAAUGACUUCUCAUCUUUGACAUAUGAUCUCAUCCGGAGUGGAUGUGUGAGAGAUGAAACUUACCAACUCUACUCCUCACCGUCGCCACGCAUCGCCCGCUUCAAAUUCAGUUCCUUCCACUUCCUGAACCGCUUCCCCUCCGUGUAUCUGAAGUGUAAACUGGUGGUGUGCAGAGCCUAUGAUUUCUCUUCCCGGUGUCAGAGAGGCUGUGUGGUGAGGUCCAAGAGAGACGUCGGCUCCUACCAAGAAAAGGUGGACGUUGUCCUGGGACCCAUCCAGUUGCAAUCCCCCAACAAAAAUAAGAGGAGCCUGGACUUUGCAGUGAAGGAUGUGGAGAAGCCAGUUAACUCCCAGGCGGCCUAUCCCACUGCUGCCAUCUUUGGUGGAGUCUUCCUGGCUGUGGUCCUAGCUGUGGCCGCCUUCACACUGGGAAGGAAGACACGCGUUGCCCGUGGCCAACCUCCAAGCACUAAGAUGUGAAGCAAAGCUCACCCAGGCAUUGAUUCCACGUGCCCAGAUUCCCAGAAAAGAUGGAAGACGUGAGCCUGUGAUGCUUUGCACCCGGAUACACUGUGGCUAGGUUUCCCUUAGCACGAAUGCAUGGCAAAGUAUGUUGAGACAGCAGAGGAGAAAGGUGGGGGCCAAGUUCCUCCGGGGUCUACAGGCUGAAGGCUGGGAAGGACUUAGCAGAACGAGACCACUGUCAACAACCCUCCCCCCCACACACACCUAGGAGCCAAACACUGGAGCAGCAGUGAUUUCUCUAGCUAGUUCCCCUUCCCCAUUUUAUAGCCAACUUUCUCAACCUGUAGUGUCAAUCAAUAUCAGUCUGUCCUCAUAAUGAGGCAAACUAAAUAAAGACUCUUUCUCAAGGCAA